AUGCACUGUGACGUAGAAACAUCAACCAAAAGAUUCGCAUUUGGGAAAAGUUUGUGAGUUUAGAGCCUUUUAACAAGACGUUUAAGAUGUCAUCUCCGUCGGAUUCCUCUUCCUGCACAUCUGAAAGUGAUCUAGAAAGUUUUACAGUUGACGAAGUGAUUGGGGAAUUGUCUGAAUUUGCGCCGUACGACGACAGUUGCGAACCCCUUGCUACCGAGGAAGAAGCCGCGGACUACAACGAAAGAGUUCAUCGCGAAGAAGAAGAGGAACAACAGUUUCAACGAAGAUAUUCGGGAGAGGUGCCAGCGAAUGAAUGGUAUGGUAUUAUCAUGGAAUGUAGAUUUAUAUUUUUAUUUUCCAAUUUCAACAUACCCGUCGUUAAAUCGUGCGCGUGACGAACGCGACUAUGUGUUUUGUUUAAGUUUACAAUUUCGUUGCUAUGUGAUUAGCUGUAGUCCUGAUUUUAUGCGAUAGUUUUAUUGAAGAGGUCAGACAAUUAAUAAUUUUAUACAGACGUAUUUUUCUUGUGUUUGACGAAUUUUUCACAUUAUUUUGCAGGUGUUCGUGCUCGAACUGCUCUGUCAGCCUUGUUACAAAAGCGCAGGAGUGCAUUUGCUGCAAAGAGAUCGAUCGCUGCGAAGAGGUCAUGGAAGAAGCCAUUGGAGACCGGACCGUAUGCAUAACCCUCCAUCCAGGGUUUGAAAGCGUCUGCUUAAACCGCCACGUAUUAGAAGUGGCUGCACUGGGCCUAAAAACGCGAGCUGGAAAGUCGUACACAACUGUUCGUGGGCAAAGCAACAAAAGUGAUGAUGAGUAAGUUGGGGUAUUGUUGACUUUGUAUCGGAACGAUCGAACCUUACAUAGCAUUGAAUAAUUGAUACAUCUAAGCUUAUCGCCGUGGACUGAUCUCAUAGAAUCACAUUUUUUAUUUUCUAAAUGGCUUUAUUGCCCCAACUGCUUAUUUUUAAAAGGAGUAUUUAUUUAUCUCCAUCCAAUCCCUCCUUGAAUUAACAGUGAUCUCAUUUCUCUAACUAGAUUCCUGAGGUCUGUGGCCUAUCGCCAAUUUACAAGACUGCUGUGGAGUUAUAUUGGUAGUUCCAGGCGAUACCCCUUGCCCUGUUGUGCCUACAAUAAAAUCAGGAAACAAUUUCCGAGUCAAAAUGGCCAUUAUCGUGGAUUCGAAGAUGAAGAAAAUGAAUAA